AUGCUCGGUUUGGUUUGGACUUGCGCUGCCCUUUACUUGGGUCGCGGGGAUGCGAGUGGAAAAGCGGGCACCAAGUCCUCUGAGCCGGCUGUUAACUGGAGGACCGCAGAGGCCGCAGGACCGGGGGAGGAGGAGGACCGGGGGAGGAGGAGGACCGAGCAAGUUGGAGGCUCCGCGGGAGCAGGCCGGAGAUGCUGGGUUGGUGGUGGGCCCGCGGCCGGGGAAGGCCCGGAGCCUCUGCCGCUCACAGAACCCACCCGGAGGAGCCUGGCCAUUCUGCCUCUCGUGGCCACUGUGCUGACUGCCCGCUUCUCCAGACCCCUGUCACAGCUCCCGAUGAAAACCCUGAAUUUCUCUGAUAGAGUAACUGGAGCAAGAGGCUCGCUGCUGUUUCACUCUGCCUCCUUUGUCCCUGUUGACCGUCGGACUUACGCUGCUUCGGUGAACCCAGUUGCCAGCAAAGCUGUCUUGGUCACAGGCUGUGACUCUGGAUUUGGGUUCUCCUUGGCCAAGCAUCGGCAUUCAAAAGGCUUCCUUGUAUUUGCUGGCUACUUGAUGAAGGUAAGAGAUGGGGCGUCUGCACCAACACAGUCGGACCGAAUGCUUGUCCCUGAGCAGCAAGACAGACAUGGACAAAGACAGAAACCCUGGAGCCAGGGAGGCAGUGUGGCCCGGGCAGUGCAGCCUGGGCCCCGGGACAGGUGGAUCCGGAAGGGGACAGACUGCCAUGGUCUGCGGGCUGAGGGGGGUUGGGAAAAGUUUCCUUUGAACAGCUGGAGAUGGGGAAGAGAUGAAGGGGCCGGAGGAGUUGAAGAUGACAGUGAAACUAUUAGCAAGGAAGAGGAGCAGGCUUGGGCCACUGGGCACUUGGUGUGUUGGUUGGUUAGCAUGAGUUGGGGACCUGUGGGACAUGCAGGUAAGAGCGAUGGUCUGGAGGAGGAGGUGGGGUUGGGAGGAGCCAUGACUCCCUGGGGGUACAUUGGAACAGUUACUCGGAGGUGGCGAUGGGGCCGUUGCAGGAGAACAGCUGUCACCCAGACCAGCAGGAAUGUCAUGAGUUUAUUCAGAAUGCUGGCUGAGGACUCCAGUGAGCUCCUUCGUCCACAGACCGUUGCUACUUAUCAUGUCGUCAGAGUUGUGAUCCAGGAACAGUGUGCUUCCACAGGUCAAGUUCAGUUAAACUUUUUCGUUAUCGGUGUCAGAUGCUUGUAGGGCCUGGUUAACAAUGCGGGCAUCUCAAUGUUUGGGGAUGUGGAGUUCACCAGCAUGGAGACCUACAAGGAGGUGGUGGAAGUAAACCUCUGGGGCACAGUGCGGGGGACAAAACCCUUUCUCCCCCUCAUUUAGAGGGCCACAGCUGAUUUGCUGUCUUGCUCCGCAGGCUGCGUGGUCAACACCAGCGGCAUGCUGGGCCGCACGGCCCACGCGGCCGGCCCCCCGUACUGCAUCACCAGGUUUGGGGUGGAGGCUUUCUCCGACUGCCUGCGCUACGAGGUGCACCCACUGGGAGUGAAGGUCGGCGUGGUGGAACCCGGCAACUUCAUCGCCACCACCAGCCUCCACGUCGCUGAGCGCAUCCAGGCCAUCGCCAGUAAGAUGUGGGACGAGCUGCCUGCGGGGGUGCGCAAGGACUACGGCCGGAAGUACUUUGACGAGAGGGUCACGAAGACGGAGACCUACUGCAACAGCAGCUCCACGGACACGUCCCCCAUCAUCAGCGCUGUCACCCACACCCUGCCCUCCGCUACCCCCUACGCUCGCUACCACCCCAUGGACUACUGCUGUUGGGUGCGAAUGCGGAUCACGACCCACUUGGCCGGAGCGAUCUCCGACAGGAUCUACGUACACUGAGGAGUUUCGCACUGGCUUCUGUUGUGGAGCCCUGGGGGGAGGGAAGAGGACGGAGGGAGGGAGGGGGAGGGGCUUGUGUCAUUACCUCUUGAUUACCCACUUGUGGAUUAUCCCAGUCCCAGGAGGACCCACUACCAGUCUGAGCGUUAACCAGAGCAGGCAGCCCAGCUCAACUCGUGUGCCCAGUGAAUGGCUCGGGCCUUCUCAACUGGGGUGCAGAGUGGUAGGCAGGGCCCACAAACCUCAGGGCAAACAUGGUGAAUCUGUCUUUCUGGAAUUGAUUUUAUACAACGAUUUUAGGUAGACAUCUUUAUAUUAAAAACAGAUUUAUUAUAAAAUAGAAUCCAAAUCCUUUAUAUUUUAAAGCCAAAGCAUCAGUUCAAAAAAUUUAUCUCAGGACUCCCCUGGCGGUCCAGUGGUUAAGACUUCGCCUUCCAAUUCAGGGGGUGCAGGUUCGAUCCCUGGUCAGCUAAGAUCCCACAUGCAUCGGGGCCAAAAAACCAAAACAUAAAGCAGAAGCAAUAUUGUAAUAAAUUUAGUAAAGACUUUAAAGAAAUGGUCCACAUCAAAAAAAUUUAUCUCAUUUGAUCCUUAAACCAGCCUCAUGAGUAAAAAGGGCAGUUUUUUUUUCUUUAGUACAUGAAGAAUUUUUGGCUCAAAGAGGAUACAUGAAUUACCCUUUUAUUGCUUAUAAAUCAAUUUUGCUUAUAUUGCUUUAUAUAAAAUAUAAAGGUCCAAGUCGUGUGUUCCUGCCACUGCUGUAGAAACAUUUCACAUUUUAUGUUCCGGGGCUGCUCUGGAUCCAGUUAUCUGAGGAUCCUGUGAUGAGCUCUGUACCCUCACCUGGGCCAUAUAUACCAUGUGCCCACCAUGCACCUCUUUGCAUGUCCUUGGUGCUGCUGUGUGCAGCCUGCAGCCAGUGAUUCAGAGCUGAGUGGAGGGGGUGGCAACAUUCUGGAGAUUUCCAUUUGAGGUUUCUCCAGCUUAUCUUAGGACAAACUUGUGUGGAGGUGCUCAUUGGUUAAGAGGUCAUUUGUUUCUGGUUUGGGUCCGCUUGGUCUUGCCUGCGGUGGGACCCCUGUUGAUGGGACAUUCUUGGCAGGAGCUGUGAUACAUAGGACGGGCACUGUGGCCUCUCCUCCCCCAGGGGUGGGUCCAGGUUCCCUGUCUGUCUCACCUGUCUGUCUCACCUGUCUCACUUAUACACACACACACACCUGUUCUAUGGUGCUCAGGGUGGCCUUCAUUGAUGGCUCACCUUCCUUCUAUGGACUUAUUUUUAAUUAAACCAGGUCACUGAUCAG